UUUGGUUCGGUCACAAGGCCCUAAACUUGGAGACCCCAAAGACGCUCGGCCUGCUUCUGUAGGUGUGAAACAAACUAAACCUCCAUCAGUAUCCGUUCACCCAAGAGGGGAUCACGUGUAUGUGCAUGAGGCACCCGAAAAAGACACUUCCUCUCCACCCGAUCAUUUCAACACCGGCGAAACAUAUUUCCAAAAGAUCAAUGCCGAGGGAUUCGUGACCAAUGUCUUAGUUGAUGACAACAACAUCUUCCACGACAGUGAUAAUAAAGUUGAUUACGAUGGUAGGGGUGGCAGUGAUGUCGAAGAUCUGUGCAAGAGUCCAGAGCCAGACUCUGGAUAUCAAAUUCUCAGUACAAACGAUGAAGAAGCGGAGCGAAUGAACAGAUUGGAACGGCGAAAGCCAACCCAAUUGAAGCCACUUCGUACUUCCAACACUCCCAAAGGGCCUCCGAUCGGGAAAAGAGCCACCACGAAAAAGAGCAAAGCUACAGAAAACUCUGAUCACAGCCAUGUUCGAAAUGGGCGAGUCGAAGGAACUCGGCAGGCGGAAAUCAUUCCGAGCCGGGUGAGACAUUUAUUGGAUGUGAAAAACGCCAUUGAGCGACUGAAUAUCGAGACCAAUUUGAGUGACGAGGACAGUGCGUCCAGCUCAAGCAGCGCCAAGAGUAGCUCCAGUCUCGAGAGUGGUCCAUCCCAUUCUGGACAUCAUCUCAACACGGCUCGUCCGAAGCAUGGAUCCACCACUCUCAACACAACGGUUACGUCAGCCGACGAGUUCGUGUGGAUCGAUUCGCACAAUCGCUUGGUCGAGCUCCAGCAACUCCCAUGGUCACCGGCUGACAUCAUGAAGGUGAUUCAUGACGGAACUUCGGAUUCGCACACGGAUCAAGUCGAUCCUGAUCUUGUACCGAGAUUGUCCUAUUAUCUGCAAAGGGUCUUGGUUCGUUUGGCGAGAGAAGCUCAAAGGCUCGCAAAGACAGUUGGAAAAUGUGGGUCUGCCGAAAUUGGAACUGCGGUUCAAGUCGUGCUGUCUCCUGGUAUCGCGAUCUCAGUCACCAGGGCCUGCUUACGUUCUUCGGCCAUGUUCGCCAUUUCAUCUGAGGUCAACCGACAUUCUAAAGCUAGACGGGCAGGCCUGAUUUUUAAUGUGGGCAAAAUGUUCCAGUGGAUGUGUUUGGUCAAAAUCGGGAGAUUCAUUCACGAAGAGUCCGCUGUGUACUUGACCGCAGCCAUUCAAUGUAUUUUAGAAGAAAUUCUCGUUGAAAGCUGGAAAACAAUCAGUCGAUUUGGUAAACUCUGUGCGUCGCUUUUGGAGCGUGUUGUGGCCGACAAUUGCGAUUGGUGGGGCAUUUGCCAACCGUUUGCUCAUCUCAGCUCAAGUCGAAUCGGAUCCGGACAACUCAUGAUGUCAUCCCACUUCGAUCAAAUUUUGGCCAAUUCUAAGACUAAGACAACCGACGAGACGAAACGCGAGAAGAAUAUUCGACAGAUCCUGCUGACCACUUGUGUCGGUUCGGUGGAAGAAUUGGAAGAAAUGCUAUUAAUUGGGUCGAAUGCGCUGAAAAAGCUAUGGCAGGGGCCGAGUGGCAACAACAUUAGUAGUGGGCAUUUGUGUGGAGCAUCCAGAUCCACCGGAUCAUCGUUGAGUGCCAUAACCUCCUUUCGUAGAGAUAUUCAUUGGCAAAUUGAGGCCAUUCAUGCUCUCUACCAUUUCAUGAGGUGCUCGCAACUCGAGUACAUCGGCCAAGAAGGACGCUCUCCAAUACAGGAGCUGGUUUAUGAAAGGCCCUACAUGGUUUUGCCCCCGAUCAUAGAAUGGAUUCGAGUUGGCGAUGCCUUUGCCCAAUACCGAUCGAGCAGCACCAUAGAUAAAGACGAUGUCCUCCAAGCAGCUCGAAUUCUUCUUCCCGGAAUGGAUUGCCCACCCCGAAUUCUCUUUUCAAUGCAGUCCUCGCUCCAUUCUAAUGGGGACACGGACUUGGAUGUCAUUGAACGUUAUGAACGGGAACUGACUUUCAAGCUGCUGCAUUCUGGGAGACGAGACGUAAUCGCUCAUGCAAUGAAAACACUGCCCAACCAUUGCAAAAAUGCCAGAAACCCCAAUGGCCUCACCUCGCUCCAAUGCUUGGCUCUCCAAGGAGAUGCGUUUGCUCUCCGGUCAUUAUUGGACGCUGGCUUCAAUGUGAACUCUGGCACUGAAAGUGAGGGCGGACAGAGUCACGAAUUCCUGCAAUGGCCUCCACUUUGCUUUGCGGCUUUAAAUGGUCAUGUCAAGGUUUGUCGGGCUCUAUUGGAAUUUGGCGCUUGUGUCGAGGGCUCUCUGACGGUGACUGGUCAGGAAACACCAUUACAACUUGCCGCUGCCGCAGGCCACUUGAGAAUUGUCGAACUUCUCAUGUCCCACGGAGCCAGUCCUUUCUUUAAUCAAGAGAAGGAGGAUGUCCUGUUGACUUCCAAAUCCAGCAACCAAAACUGUCUGCCACCUCUAUCAAUCGCUGCAGCCCACGGCCAGAGAAGGCUACUCCACGUGAUGAUGACCCAAAGCCUUCUUGUUAAGACAGCUGAUUCGGUUCAAAAGAAGAAAGAGUUUGACGGGAAUGAGAUUCUGUCUUUGGCGGAGAUUCUUGCCGAAGGUGCCACCAACUCUACAUGUCCCUCGCCAGGAGAGGAGAAUCAAUUGCCUAAUAAGUCUGCUAUGCCUGCCACCAGAAUGACCAAAGUCCAGACUAAGCAUCUGCAGGAAGCCAUGUAUCACGCAGCUGAAAGCAACAACUUGGAAAUUGCUCUGGAUAUUCACAACUUUGGCGUACCCUGGACCUUGUACUGUUGGAUUCAAUGUCUUCAAAUUGCUCAAGAGACUCAUGCACAUCAAUACAUAAACGAAAUACUUCAGGACUUUUCGAAAGAGUGGCUCAAUGAUCACAAGAACUACUUUGCAGAAGAGGCUCUUCCCGUCUUAUUCCAGUUGUUUAAAACCACGAAAAAUGAAAGUACCCUGCUAAUGUUGGCUGAUAUCUUUGGAUCAUCUUUUGGAUCAAGACCUCUGUCACCCGUAAACGUUUACCAAGAUGACACUGGAGUAAGCGAGUUCUCGCCGAGAAUUGAUCCCAAAUUUGUGAACAAUCCAGAACUAAGCGACGUCCAAUUCCGGGUAGAGGGUCGCAUCUUCUACGCUCACAAACUCGUUUUAGUGACAGCCUCGCCCAGAUUUCAUUCCAUGUUGAAUUCGAGAUUUUGUGAAGGCACUCCGCCAGUUCUUCAAAUCAAUGAUAUUCGUCAUAACAUAUUUAACAUGGUCAUGUUAUACCUCUACAACGGGAACACCGGGGAACUCCACGUGGAAGGUCCCGAUGUCUUAGAGUUGAUGGCUGCGGCCAAUUUCUUUCAGUUGACAGGACUAUUAAAAUAUUGUGAGGUUUUUUGUUCAAAACUAGUGGAUCUGGAUAACAUUGUGUCCUACUAUAUUCAUGCGAAAGUUUACUUAGCCUCAAACUUGUUGAACUAUUGCGAAAGAUUUUUGCUGCAAAAUUUGGUAGCCUUACUUACAUAUGAUGACUCUGUUAAAAGGCUUCUCUUUGGGAAAAAACUGCAGAAUCAUGAUGUGUUGAAUGGACUUCUGAAAUGUUUACAGAAUCGACUGCAGAAAUAGACCUCUUUUUUACCUUUAUUGUGAGCUCUAUCUUGAAGAAAAUAAAUUCCUAUAUUAUA